GUUGUGUAGUAGACAUGUGUCUGAAUACUGUUUAAUAGUUGGUUUUUAUUUUUAUAUAUAAUUUGAUAUUAAUUGUGUUUAUUUUAUCAUAAUAGUAAUUAACAUGAUAAAAUUAAAAAUAACUGCUUUAUUAAUGUAGAAUUAGAAAACAACUUUAUGAGUUUUGUUAAAUGGGUGGUUGAAUAUAAAAAAAAAAUUGUUUCAAAGAAUUGUGCAAUAUAAAAUGUCUGUACAAAGAGGUGGUGUUGGAGACUUCCAAUAUUGUUUUUAUUACUGCAAUCACACUGGAUUUGAAAUCUAUGACCUGGAAAUUCCGUCCAGUAAAGCUGGAAAUGGCGUAAACGUGGAAGGUGCAACUCACAAACAAGUGGUGGAUCUCAUCAAGUCUGGAGGAGACUGUUUGACUCUUACUGUUAUUUCUGUUACUCCAAAGGAAGCAGAAAGACUAGAGCCAUGCGACGAUGGCUCAGCCCCAGUAGGUGUUAUCGGAGGGGCCGCGAACUCACGCGCUACUGUCUACCAGCGUUACGACUAUACCGACAAACGAUCCCUUCCGGUAUCAAUCCCAGACUACCGGAUAAUUAUGGAAAGAAACACGGGGCGAUCCUAUGUCGCGUUCAACGUGCAUAUGGCUGGUAGACAUCUGUGUAGUCGACGGUAUCGAGAAUUUGCUGCCCUACAUCAAGUACUGAGAAAGGAGUUUGUUGGCUUCAAUUUCCCAAAGCUACCAGGAAAAUGGCCUUUCACACUGAGUGAACAGCAACUAGAUGGGAGAAGGAGGGGCCUUGAACAGUAUUUAGAAAAAGUGUGUGCAGUCCGUGUGAUAGCUGAAUCGGAUGCGGUACAAGAGUUCCUCACAGAUUCAGAUGAUAGUUCAAAUCCAUCUCCAGUAGACCUGAAGGUGCUCCUACCGGACAGAGAAGUGGUCACCGUGGCUGUCCUCAAGUCAACCAACGCUGAUGAUGUGUACCGAGCUGUAUGUGAUAAGAUCGGACUCUCUAAACAAGUGCAGAAAUAUUUCUACCUGUUUGAGAUAGUCGAGUAUAAUUUUGAGCGCAAACUGCAACCGAACGAAUGUCCCCACUCUCUGUAUAUUCAGAACUAUUCUACCGCGUCUUCGUCAUGCCUUUCACUACGCAAGUGGCUUUUCAACCCUCACACGGAACUGUCCGUCAUUUCCGAGGACACUAAGGCAGCAGAAUUUAUAUUUUGGCAGGCAGUGGAAGACGUGAAUCGCGGCGUGUGCGUAGCAGGUGCGCGUUUGUAUCAACUUAAGGCUCUGCAGGAAGUUCGUCGCGCUUCUGACUAUUUAGCAUUGGCGCGUACGCUUCCCGGAUACUCCCACAUCGCCUUCCCGCCCGCGCAUACGGACACGCACGCGGCUCUUGCUGUGACGCUCGGGUGGUCAGGUAUGAAGCUGUCAGCGUUUUUCGAAAGUGGGUCUGCGGAACAAGAAGGUUCAAGUGUGGAAAUAGGCUGGAAUGAGGUCCGAUCCUGGCGCGCUGACGACGAGGCAGCGGCAGCUACUGUUGUCUAUGGACGGAGGAGGCCACUCAUAUUACACACGCCAUAUUAUCAAUUCUUGUGCAACUGUAUGGACAGAAUAGCGGAGGAGGCAAAAUGGGUGGACACAGGUGAAUAAGCUUUACUUGCUUCCAGAAAGUUAUAUCCAGUAUUUAUUUCUACGGACAUGGGGUCUUAAAUCGAAGGUAUAGAACAAGGAAAUGUAUUAGAAAUUCGACCUAUGUACUCAAAACUCAAUUUUUAAUUAAAUACAUUCCCCUAACACGAUAUCGUAAUAUUGGCGAAGUAAUAUAAUUAAAUAUUCAUUUAUAUUAAUCACAGAAGAAACAGAUAAAAAAUUGAAAAUAAUUCGUUACUAAAUACCACGUACUUAUAAUCGCUAAAUAUUUUACAUGUACCCUCUUUUAUACGCUGAUUCUAACGUAUUUAGUAUUUGAAAAUUUAAUCAAUAUUAUAGUAUAUAAGCCUAUUAAUCACUAGCGUUUAAGAGAGGGUAUUUCGAAAUACAGUUGUAUGACUAUUAUAGUAAAUUAUAUACUUAAUUAUGGCUAAGUAUCUACUAUGUAAUUCAAUAAAUAUGUGUAAGAUGUCACAAACAGAUCAAUGCGGUGCCAACGUUCACAAAUACUGCCCAGAAUUAAUAUUUUAACAGAAUCUAGUAAAUACAAUAGUUUCAUUUUUAUAUGAAAAAUAAAUGUAUUAGAAAAAAUCCCCCACAUCCCAAAAUCAAGUGCCGAUAACAUUUAUCUUGAGGGAGCGUUCAAGUAUUACGUCACGCAAUUUUUGGAGAUUAUUGACACCUCCUCCCCCCCAUGUAACGCGCCGUGACGUUUUUCUGUACCCAAGUAUAGUAAGACGUUUCGUGACCACCUAGUGACUCUUUAGAUCUAAAAGUCACCAUUAUGACGUGUAAAGUACUGGAAAGUCGAAUAUAAUAUUAACAAUAACGCGUCAUUCGAUCCCCGCCCCGCAUCGUAACGUUUUACAAAAGGACCCUCCCCCCCCCCCUAAAAUUCGUUACGUAAUACUUGAACGCUCCCAAAGAUGUACGCUCGUUACUCGAGCGCCGACUGUCGGCGAAGCCACACGUCCGUUCGUAUUUGGAUUUAGAGAAAGAUCUCAUCAAAAUUUAUUAGUGUAGUGUCAUUUAAAAAAAAUUGUAGUGUUUAAUUGUUAAAUCAUUAGUCGUGUCGUCCGCUUGUUUUUAACCGCCUUACAUAUCUCGUUAGUAAUUAAUUUAAGUUAAACUUGAACGAUAUAUGUCAAUUAGCGGAUAACGAAAGGGAAAUAGUUAAUUUUAUUUAUAGCAUAAUUUUGUAUCUUUAUAAUGUAAGAAUAUCCUAGAUUUCAAAAUCGUGUUUUAAUUGUCUCAUCGAGGGUUUUGUUACGGGGGUUUUGUAGUAAUAGAUACUUUGUUAUACAGGCUUGGCCAUAUUAUAAUUCAGAAAUGUUUAUUAA